UGGCCAAAACCAGCAAGAAGAGAUAUGGAAGAACAAGGACAGAAAUGUAGACGAGUGGUGCUAGUGCCGUGUCCAUAUCAAGGCCACAUAACUCCAAUGCUUCAGCUUGGCUCCAUUCUUCACUCAAAGGGCUUAUCCAUCACAGUUGUUCACACCCAAUUCAAUUCUCCUAACCCUUCCUUGCGCCCUGAAUUCGACUUCCGAUCUUUACCAGAUGGCGUACCUGAUCAUAUUAUCUCCACGGCGAAUUUAGUUGAUACUAUAGCACUUAUUAAUGUGAACUGCUUAGCACCUUUCCGCAAAUGCUUGGUUCAGAUGAUGGAACAACAUGGCCAAUAUGGUGAGAUUGUGUGCAUCAUCUAUGAUGAACUCAUGUACUUCUCUGAAGCAGCAGCUAAUCAACUGAAGCUUAAAAGCAUGAUCUUGCGCACCACCAGCGCGGCCACACUUACAGCUCGCGUUGCCAUUUUCCGGCUCAAGGAAGAAGGUUACAUCCCCUUGAAAGAUACUAUACUGCACGAUCCAGUGCCUUGGCUUCAUCCCCUCCGGUUCAAGGACCUGCCUGUUCCAAGGAUUCAAAUACCAGAAAGUUUAUUGCAACUGAUAACCAACAUGUACAAAAUAAGAACAUCUUCAGCUGUCAUUUGGAAUACCACGGACUGCCUUGAAAAAUCAGUACUGACGGAACUCCAACGGCAAUGCCAAGUUCCAAACUUCCCACUUGGCCCUUUGCCCAAAAUUGCCCCAUCCUCCUCUAGCGGCUUAUUUAAGGAGGACACUAGCUGCAUUGCAUGGCUUAACAACCAAGCUCAUAAAUCUGUCAUAUAUGUUAGCUUGGGGAGCAUAGCAUCCAUAGAUAACAGAGAGCUAGUUGAAAUGGCUUGGGGCCUCGCGAACAGCAAGCAACCAUUCUUAUGGGUAGUUAGGCCGACUUCAAUUAAUGGUACAGAUGAAACAGAUUUACUGCCGGAGGGUUUUAAAGAAGCUGUAGGAGAAAAUGGGUGCAUUGUGAAAUGGGCACCGCAAAAGGAGGUAUUAGCACACAGUGCAAUUGGAGGAUUCUGGAGCCACUGUGGUUGGAAUUCGGUCCUGGAAAGUAUAUGUGAAGGGGUUCCAAUGAUUUGUAGACCAUGUUUUGGAGAUCAGUGGGUGAAUGCAAGGUAUGUAAGUCACGUAUGGAAGAUAGGCUUGGAGUUGGGUAACAAAUUGGACAGUGAAGAGAUGGAGAAAACUGUAAGAAGGCUUAUGGUAGAAAAAGAAGGGGAAGAGAUUAGGCAUAGAAUUAAGAAUUUGAUGAAAGAGAUUGAACUUAGCAUCACAAAAGGAGGUUCUUCCUACAAAUCAUUGAACGAGCUUUUAAAGCUUAUCAACUAGUUUUGUUUAUUACUGUAGCUUUUCUUAUUAUCAAAGGCCAAAAUUUCAACAUUAACAAAUUUUUUUUUUUAUCGCAUUGUUAUUUCUACCUUUAUUUCUGAAAUUGUAACUUGGUAGUAACCAGUUAAAAGAUAAUGCUCAUAUGGAGGAUUGGGAAAGGAAAAAAUGUGAGAGAAACGUAAGGCUACCAAUAUGAAAAUCAAGGCCAUUUCAUUUAUAAGUAAAAUGUGCAUUAGUAAA